AUGACUUCCUCGAUGUUAGCUGUUACGGCGCCAAGCUAUUGCGAACCGUCCGCAUAUGAGCUCUCCACGAUCCCUCAGCCAGUUGUGACGGAGCCUACUGAUGUAGUAUUCCGUGUCCACGCAGCGAGUAUCAAUCCCGUUGAUGUCAAGAAGGCAGCAGGAGUAUUCAAGCUUGCGGUAAAAGAGACAUUUCCGUACCAAAUCGGUUACGACUGCUCAGGAACCGUAACGGAAGUGGGCACGGAUGUCAAAAGCAUCAAGGUUGGCGAUGAAGUUUACUCGCGGCUACCAGAGGCGAGCCGAGGAGCAUGGAGUGAAUACGCCAAAUGUUCCCAGAACUACGUCACUCUCAAACCCAAGAAUCUCUCUUUUGACGAUGCCGCUUCACUGCCAUUGGCAGGCAUGACAGCCCUGCAAACUUUGGGACGGUACGAGGGAUCGUUAUCAGGCAAGACGGUGUUCAUACCAGCUGGCUUGAGUGGCACUGGCGCGUAUGCGUGUCAGAUCGCUAAGAAUGUCUUUCAUGCCGGCAAAGUGAUCACCACUGUCUCAACAUCAAAAGUAGACAAAGUGCCAGAACUGCUUGGCAAAAACACUGUUGACCAAGUCAUCGACUACACCAAGGAAGACGUCACCAAGGUCAUUUCUCGUGGAUCCAUCGACUUCAUCCUAGACACAACUGGGGAUUCGAUGUCAUUCCUGCACCUCAUGACACCAUCCACGGGUCUGAUUGUCUCUAUCGCUACGCAGCCUUCCGGCACUCAACUUCAACAAUCCAGCGUGAUGAAGAGACCAGAUAACCCACGUCUCCCAUGGUAUGGGCUCAUGGUGUUGAACCUGGUUGAUUCGUAUCGUAGGGCACGCGCAAGACGCUGGGGUGUCAUGUACGAGUACCUGUUCCUUAACCCCAAUGCCAAGGACUUGGAAACUUUGACUCUUCACGCAGAACAAGGAGACAUCCUUCCCGUUGUUGGUUGUAAAGUCGACUUCAAAGAUAUCGACCGCGUGAGAGCAGCGUGUGCAACGGUGUAUAACGGAAAAGGAGGAAUUGGGAAGACAGUGUUCAACAUGAUUGCGAAUUAG